AUGCCGCAAAUCGCCGGCCUUGGGCACGUUGGGAUCUAUGCAACCGAUCUGAUGAAGAUGCGUGAUUUUUACACUCGCGUAAUGGGCUUGCAGAUCGCGGACGAAGACCUUGAGCAGCGCCGUAUGGUGUUCCUCAGCUCUGACCCGGUGGGCGAACAUCACGAAUUCGUCCUGAUGGAAGGGCGGGUAACGACUGAUGACGCCAAGGUCAUUCAACAAAUCUCCUUCCGUGUGCCAUCCAUACAGGACAUGCGCGAUUACAAAGCCCGCAUCGACGCUGAAAGCGUGACCAUUGACCGCAUUGUCAGCCACGGCAACGCAUUCGGCAUGUAUUUCUUCGACCCCGAGGGUAACCGGAUUGAGUUGUACUACAAGACGGGUUUCCCAGUACCACAACCCCACGGCGACCCUCUGGACCUGGAACGUUCCGACGACGAAUUACUUUCCGAAGCAAUGGAGUUGUUGCACACAAAUCGUUAAUUCCCGCGCAAUUAAUUGUCACCGCCGUCGUGGGGCCAAUGUCCGGCGACGGCGGUGUCAUUGUUUCUAACUUCAAUCGGAUGCGUGUGCUACCGACAACAUGGCGUCUCCCAACGAU